GCUCGGGCGUCGCCCAUACCCAGUCCACCCCUGGCUGCAACGCUGUCUGUGUAGUGAGUCUGAGAUGUGCGGGGUCUGGUACCCGCUAAUCUCUCGGACAAUGACGGCUUCCUGCGGGUCUCGACCGGCAUUUCUCCGCCGCCCCGAGAGUCCCCUUUCUUCUUGGAGCUUCGUUGUUACGAUGGGUUUAGUGUUCCUGCUUACAACACCCACCGUAGAUUCCUGUGGUGCUCCACCGAGAUUCAACACUAUGGCGCUCAAAGGCUCUUCUCAGGAUACUUACCAACCUGGGGAACAAGUAGAAUAUCAGUGUCGCCCAGGAUACAUGCGCCGUUUUCCUCCUCUUCCCUUGUCUUCUGUUUGUCAACCUGAUGGCACAUGGAAACCUCUCCAGGAGGCUUGCAAAAAAAAACAAUGUCAACAACUAGGAGAACCCAUAAAUGGCCAAGUCGUUGGAGGCUUUGAGUUUGGUUCACGGGCUAACUAUUCUUGUAAUGAUGGUUAUUACUUAGUUGGACCGCCAACUCUAUAUUGCGAACUUUCUGGUGACAAUAAUGUGAAUUGGGAUAAUGAACCCCCACGUUGUGAAGCGAUUUACUGUCAACCACCUAGACAAAUACAAAAUGGUGUCACCAAUAACCAUAAGGAUGCAUAUGUAUAUGGUGAAGUAGUAACUUACCGUUGUAGUGCUUCAAAUGGACCAGAUGAAUACUCACUUGUCGGAGAGAGCAAGCUUGUUUGUUCUGGGCCUAACAAAUGGAGUAGUGAUCCUCCUGAGUGUAAAGUGGUCAAAUGUCCGUAUCCAGUCCCGGAAAAUGGAAUGCUGUUGUCAGGAAUGAGUCGAAAAUAUUACUACCAAGCAGCAGUUGAAAUUGGAUGCAAGGAGGGUUUUUACCUUCAAGGUCAAAGUAGAGUUGUCUGUGGAGCCAACAGCAUGUGGGAACCAGAGCUGCCACAGUGUAUUAGAGUGCCCGCUCUAACCAGCCCAAUACCUCCAACUUCCAGUGCCUCAGGUCCUGUUCCUCCUUCCACGGCUCCAGUUCCCGGUCAGCCAGGUCCUGUUCCUCCUUCCACGGCUCCAGUUCCCAGUCAGCCAGAACCUUCCUCCGUACCACCACCUCAGGACCUAGGUGGAGGACCAAUUGCUGGGAUUGUUAUUGCUAUAUUGGCAGUCGUUGCGGUAAUUGUAACUGUCGCCUGGUACUGUCUCAAGAAGAAGAAAGGCACCUACCUAACUGGUGAGAGCCACAGAGAAGUAAAAUUUAUUUCUCUCUGAGAAGAGAUGAAAGGUUUGCUUUCAUCAUUAAAAGGAAAACAGAGGUUAAUGCGGAAUACAAGACCUGCCGGGAUAAGUUACGCACCCCAGUAGAGGAGACCCACUAAAUGGCUUCCAGAAACAGAUGUAGGGCAUUUUACCUUUUGAUUUUGCUAAAUGUCAAGGUCUACAUUAAGUUCACAUAGGAACUAUGCAAAACAGUAUGGAGAUUCCUCAAAAAGUUAAAGAUACAA